AUGGUUGCUUCGGGGCGUAGACGCGCUUUCCUGCUAUUUGGUGAUUCAUUAACCCAACGCGCGUUUGAGUGCGGAGGCUGGGGUGCUCGUUUGGCCCACCUUUUGUCUCGCAAAGCAGACAUCAUCUGUCGAGGUUUUGGAGCUUACAACACAAGGUGGUGCCGUCAUGUGGUGAGACACAUCGGUUCUUACCGAGAUUACUUCUCUGUUGUCACCGUACUUUUAGGCACGAAUGAUGCGGCACUCCCAGAUGUCGAGCCUGUUCAAGCGGUUCCACUAGACGAGUAUGUUGAAAAUUUGGAUGAUAUUCUGAAAUACCUCCGUAACCGAAGUGAGUUUGUUAUACUUUUCUCUCCUCCAUCAGUAGGGGAACUCGGGCGACUACGAGCCCAACAUCACAAAUAUGUUGCUGACGCUCACGACUGGUUAGAUAGGAACAACCUACACUCUGCAAAAUAUGCAUCUGUUGCCAAGGUGGUGGCGGAAAAUCGUGCACUAGUUUGUGUCGACAUGUUCCGGCUCACCUCAGUGCAACUUUUUUUGGGUGAAAACAUGCUGAUAGAUGGCAUCCACUUCACUGCAACGGGACAUCUUUUUCUUCUGAAAAGUCUUUUGCACGAGCUUCGUGCCGAAGCACACAUCUUAUCCGCCGAAAACAUGCGACCAGACUGGCCGUAUGGUCCCUGGAUGCAAAACAGUGCCGGGUCGUGGAGGGAAAUCCUAACAGAACACGAGUUGGAGAUCUCUCAUAUUUCCGGAGACAAAUUGAGCGCGCUCGCUGAUGCUUUUGGGAUAGUCUCGGUGUUCAUAUCCGCGUUUCUUUUUGGUCUUAGCGUAAGCUGUCGAGGUCUCGCCACUCUGUAA